ACCAGGCCUUCGGGAACCAAAGAGGGGCCAAAAGGCUACUGUCACGUGACGCCAGAGCCCACGUGACUCAGAGUACACAUGACUUCCAGUCCCCGGACAUCUACAGGAGAUCGAGGACGCGGGGAACGGAGAUGGUUCCAGCCGCGCUGUUGCCGCUGUUCCUGCUGCUGCUGCUCGGAUCCUGGGCGCCCCGAGGCGAGGCUGUCCCUGCCCAGGACGAGAUCCAAUUCCUCCCUGGACUGACCAAGCAGCCUUCUUUCCGCCAGUUCUCCGGCUACCUCAAGGGCUCCGGCUCCAAGCGCCUCCACUACUGGUUUGUGGAGUCCCAGAAGGAUCCCGAACACAGUCCUGUGGUGCUUUGGCUCAAUGGGGGUCCCGGCUGCAGCUCCCUGGAUGGGUUGCUCACCGAGCACGGCCCCUUCCUGGUCCAGCCUGAUGGUGUCACCCUGGAGUAUAACCCCUAUUCUUGGAACCUGAUUGCCAAUGUGUUGUACCUCGAGUCCCCAGCUGGGGUGGGCUUCUCCUACUCCGAUGAUAAAUCUUACGCAACCAAUGACACUGAGGUCGCCCAGAGCAAUUUCGAGGCCCUUAAAGAUUUCUUCUGCCUCUUCCCUGAGUACAAGGACAACCCGCUUUUCUUGACUGGAGAGAGCUAUGCUGGCAUCUACAUCCCCACCCUGGCUGUGCUGGUCAUGCAGGACCCCAGCAUGAACCUCCAGGGGAUUGCUGUGGGCAAUGGACUCUCCUCCUAUGAGCAGAAUGACAACUCCCUGGUCUAUUUUGCCUACUACCAUGGCCUUCUGGGGAACAGGCUCUGGUCUUCCCUCCAGACUCACUGCUGCUCUCAAAACAAAUGUAACUUCUAUGACAACAAAGACCCAGAAUGCGUGACCAAUCUUCAGGAAGUGUCCCACAUCGUGGGCAACUCUGGCCUCAACAUCUACAACCUCUAUGCCCCAUGUGCUGGGGGGGUACCCAGUCAAUUAAGUUAUGAGAAGGACACUGCUGUGGUCCAGGAUUUGGGCAACAUCUUCACUCGCCUGCCACUCAAGCGGUCAUGGAAUCAGAUACUGCUGCGUUCUGGGGCUAAGGUGCGCAUGGAUCCCCCCUGCACCAACACCACAGCCGCCUCCACCUACCUCAAUGACCCUUACGUGAGAAAGGCCCUCCACAUCCCCGAGCAGCUGCCACGCUGGAACAUGUGCAACUUACUGGUGAAUCUGCAGUACCGCCGCCUCUACCAAAGCAUGAAUUCCCAGUACCUGAAGCUGCUCAACUCACAGAAAUACAAGAUACUAUUAUACAAUGGAGAUGUAGACAUGGCCUGCAAUUUCAUGGGGGAUGAGUGGUUUGUGGAUUCCCUCAACCAGAAGAUGGAGGUACAGCGCCGGCCCUGGUUGGUGAACUAUGGGGAGAGUGGGGAGCAAAUUGCUGGCUUCGUGAAGGAGUUCUCCCACAUUGCCUUCCUCACCAUCAAGGGUGCCGGACACAUGGUCCCCACCGACAAGCCUUUAGCUGCCUUCACCAUGUUCUCCCGCUUCCUGAACAAGCAGCCGUACUGAUGACCAUGGGAUCAGCUCCCCACUGCCUGAUCUAGCCCCUCUGAGCCUCCCUCACUAGACGAGGUCUUCCUUUAUGCACAGGACCAGGUCCUGCCUCCAGAACUGCCUCCCAUGGACAGCCCAGGGGCAAGCUCGCACUUUAUUCCUGCAGUAGUCACUGACUGGGGUGACCUGGCCCCAUCCCGGCUUAGAGAUUGCCCCUUUUGAUGCACUGAUCCCAUCCCAGGAACCCAACACAGCUCAGGAUAGCCCAGGGGGAGGGGAGGGAUGGACUAUAAUUGAUGGAUUGACUAAGUAUGGAAUUAAAUUGAGCACAGCUUCAAA